UAAACCAUACGCAAUUAAUGUAAUAUUGCUUAUAUUAUUAAAAGAUUAAACCUCAAUUGAAAUAUUUCCCUUCAUAACUUAUAUUCAUCUAAUAUGCAGUUCAGAGAUUUAUAUGCAAACUUGAUUUCCUCUAAAGAAUGCCUAGCCGGAUAUUUUGGAUUUCAUUGUUCUCAAGUUUGUCGUUAUCCAACUUAUGGAGAGAAAUGCAGUCGGAUGUGCACAUGUGAUAGAUAUACAUGUGAUUUUUCACGUGGAUGUGUCUCUACUUUGGAAAACAGUCCUAGCAGUACCCAGUUUACUUUAUCAGCUAGUAGAUUAACAUCAACCACAGGCAUCGGAUCAAAAAGUGACACACUUACUUCGUUAUUCCUUGAUUCAAUCAAAGCAAGCGCCACACACCAAAUUUAUUCCACUUUGCCAGUCAGUAAGAAAUGUUGUGACGAAAAACAAAGACAGGUUUCACUAACAUUUGUAUUGCAGAUAAGUACGGCUUCAAUUGUUUUUCUUUUUUUCUUUUUUCAAAUUUUGCGGUCAGUUUGGAAGAUUAUUAAAAGUUUGCGAGCUCCUCGAAUUACUCUACAUCGACCAAGGAAGCCGUCAAGGGAUACUGAUCAUUAUCAUUGUUUGGAGGAAUUUGAGCAAACUUUCCCACCUUUAAAUGAGGAAGAAAACACACUUUUUGAUGGACCUGCAGAUGUGAAAAUCAAGGUAAACAAAGACAAGAAGUAUUAUUCAGUCACAUUUCAGACAACAAAUAACGAAGGAAGGGACAUCUGCUUAAGCCCUAGAAAAAAGAUUUAUGAAAAUACACAUGAGGCAAUCGACAAAAAUGACAAAUGUGCAUGUGACAUGAUAAACGAAAACGCAGCAGUGGCUAUCAUGACUCCAAAAGGUAUAAUCCACAAUGAGCAAGGGCCCUUUAGUCCUCAGUCAGGUUAUAUUGAAAUGAAAGCUAAAAUUCAAAGAAAAGAAUUUGUGGAUCCAUACUUACUUGUAGUAAACGGUGAUUAG